AUGACUUCAACAGAACUAGAAGAUCAACAAUUAAGUCUACAACGACAAAAACGUUUAUUAAGUUUUAUGUUUUCAAAAAAAGUACCUCAUAUUCCAACUCAAGAUGAAAGAAAACCUUAUCCACAAUCAACUGCUAAUUUUAUAUCACAAUUAUUUUUUUGGUGGUUAUCACCAGUAAUGAAAACUGGUUACAAGAGAACUUUACAACCUGAUGAUUUAUUUUAUUUAACUGAUGAUAUAAAAGUUGAAAAAAUGGCAAAUGAUUUUUAUGGGUAUAUGAUAAAAGAUAUUGAUUCAGCAAGAUCAAAACAUAUUGCAGAAAAAUGUAAAGAAAGAGGUCAAUCUUUAGAAAAUUCAACAGUUGAUCCAGAAUUGGAUUUAAAAGAUUUUAAACUAAGUAAAUUUAUAACUGUUUGGGCAUUAGCUAAAACUUUUAAAUGGCAAUAUUUAUUUGCUUGUACUUGUUUAGCAUUAUCAAAUGCUGCUCAAACAACUAUGCCAUUAUUAACUAAAAAAUUAAUUCAAUAUGUUGAAUAUAAAGCUAUGGGAAGAGAAUUGGGGAUUGGUAAAGGUCUUGGUUAUUCAUUUGGUGUUACUGCAUUAAUAUUUGUUGUGGGUGUAACAAUUAAUCAUUUUUUUUAUAGAUCAAUGAUUACUGGUGCACAAGCAAAAGCUGUUUUAACUAAAGCAUUACUAGAUAAAUCAUUUAAAUUAAGUGCUGAAGCAAAACAUAAAUAUCCAGUUGGUAAAAUUACUUCAAUGUUGGGUACUGAUUUAUCAAGAAUUGAUUUUGCUUUAGGUUUUCAACCUUUUUUAUUUGUUUUCCCAAUUCCAAUUGCAAUUGCCAUAGCUAUUUUGGUGGUAAACAUCGGUGUUGCUUCAUUAGUAGGUGUAGCCAUUUUAUUGGUUUUCAUGGUUUGUAUUGCAGCAGCUACUGGUAAAUUAUUUGCAUAUAGAAAAACUGCAAAUUUUUUUACAGAUUCAAGAGUUAAUUAUAUGAAGGAAGCAUUAAAUAAUUUAAAAAUUAUUAAAUUUUAUUCAUGGGAACCUCCAUAUCAUGAAAAUAUUUCAGAUAUUAGAAGAAAAGAAAUGAAAAUUAUUUAUAGAAUGCAAGUUUUAAGAAAUAUUGUUACAUCAUUUGCUAUGUCAUUAACUUUAUUUGCAUCAAUGACUGCAUUUUUGGUACUUUAUGCUAUUGCAAAUGGAAGAAGAGAUCCAGCUUCUAUUUUUUCAUCACUUUCAUUAUAUAAUGUUUUAACUCAACAAGUGUUUUUAUUACCAAUGGCUUUAGCUACUGGUGCUGAUGCUUUCAUGGGUAUUUCAAGGGUUGGAGAAUUCAUGUCACAAAGUGAGAUUAACCCUGAAGAAAAUUCAAUUGUUGCACCACCAAGUGUAAAGGAAAUUAUGGAUAAAGAGCAUUUAUCGAUUGAAGUUAAUCAUGCCGAUUUUGAAUGGGAAACAUUUGAUGAUGAUGAUGAAGAAGAAGAGUUUGAUAAAGAUGGAAAACCAAAAAAGGAGGGGAAAAAAGAUGAUAAGGAUCAGAAGAAAAGUAUUGAUGAAACUGAUUUAUAUCAUGAAGAAUUAAAUAGUGAGAAAUUAUCUUCAAAAGGUUUAGAUGAUUCUACUACUGAUGUAUCAAGUGAAGAAGAAACUAAAUUUGAAGGAUUAAGAGAUAUCAAUUUUAAAAUUAAAAAGGGAGAAUUCGUAGUUAUUACAGGUUUAAUUGGUUCAGGUAAAUCAUCAUUAUUAUCUGCUAUGUCCGGAUUUAUGAAACGUACAAGUGGUUCAGUUUAUGUUGAUGGUUCAUUAUUACUUUGUGGAUAUCCAUGGGUUCAAAACACUACUGUGAAAGAAAAUAUCUUAUUUGGUUUGGAAUAUGAUGAAGAAAAAUAUAAUCAAGUCAUUUAUGCAUGUUCAUUAGAAUCCGAUUUAGAAAUUUUACCGGCUGGUGAUAGAACCGAAAUUGGUGAAAGAGGGAUUACAUUAUCUGGUGGUCAAAAAGCCAGAAUAAAUUUAGCUCGUGCCGUUUACGCAAAUAAAGAUAUUAUACUAUUAGAUGAUGUAUUAAGUGCAGUUGAUGCUCGUGUUGGUAAACAUAUAAUGAAUACAUGUAUUAUGGGUUUAUUAAAAGAAAAAACUAGAAUCUUGGCAACUCAUCAAUUAUCAUUAAUUGGAGAAGCUGAUAGAAUUAUAUUUUUAAAUGGUGAUGGAUCAAUUCAAGUUGGUACAUUUGAAGAAUUAAAAGCUAAUAAUGAAGGGUUUAUAUCAUUAAUGGCUUAUAAUAAUGAAUCUAAAAAGGAAGAAGAAGAAGAACAAGUUGAAGAAUUUGAAGAUGUUGAAGAUCAAGAAUUAGCAGAAGAGAGAAGAUUAAUUGAACGUCAAUUAACUCAAAGAUCAACAAGAACUUAUAAAUCUGGUGCAACCACUGUAGAUGGGGAAGAACCAGAAGAUGAAGAAGCUCGUCAUAGAGAAUUCAAUGUUGAUGCAAAUGCAAGUGGUAAAUUAAUUGAUGAUGAAGAAAGAGCAGUUAAUGCUAUUAGUUGGAAUGUUUAUUCAAGAUAUAUUACUUUAGGUUCAGGUAAGUAUGGACCUUGGGUUAUUGUUCCAAUUUUAGUUUCACUUAUGAUUAUUACAACUUUUACACAAAUUUUUACAAAUACUUGGUUAUCAUUUUGGACCGAAUAUAAAUUCCAUAGACCUGAUAAAUUUUAUAUUGGUCUUUAUAUUAUGUUUACAUUUUUAUCAUUUAUUUUGUUGACUAUUGAAUUUGUUAUAUUGGUUUAUAUUACAAAUACUGCCUCAGUUAUGUUGAAUGUUUUAGCAGUCAAAAAAGUUUUACAUGCUCCAAUGUCAUUUAUGGAUACUACACCAAUGGGUAGGAUUUUGAAUAGAUUUACAAAAGAUACUGAUGUUUUAGAUAAUGAAAUUGGUGAUCAAUUAAGGUUUUUUUUGUUUGUAUUUUGUAACAUUAUUGGUGUUUUGAUAUUGUGUAUUAUUUAUUUACCAUGGUUUGCUAUUGCAAUUCCAUUCCUUGGUAUGUUAUUCGUCGCAGUUGCAAAUUAUUAUCAAUCAUCAGCAAGAGAAGUUAAAAGAUUAGAAGCUAUUCAAAGAUCAUUAGUUUAUAAUAAUUUUAAUGAAACUUUAAGUGGUAUGGCUACUAUCAAAGCAUAUCAUGCAACAGAAAGAUUUGGUGAGAAAAAUAAUUAUCUUAUUGAUAAAAUGAAUGAAGCUUAUUAUAUCACAAUUGCAAAUCAACGUUGGUUAGCUAUACAUAUGGAUUUCAUUGCUUGUUUAUUUGCUUUAUUAAUUGCAUUAUUAUGUGUUAAUAGAAUUUUUAAUGUUAGUGCAGCAUCAACUGGUUUAAUUUUAUCUUAUGUAUUACAAAUUGCUGGUCAACUUUCAAUGUUAAUAAGAACUUUUACUCAAGUUGAAAAUGAAAUGAAUUCAGCUGAAAGAUUGAAUUCAUAUGCUUCUAAUUUACCUGAAGAAGCUCCUUAUGUUAUUACUGAAAAUGCUCCACCACCAAAUUGGCCAUCUGAGGGUGUUAUAUCAUUUGAUAGAGUAUCAUUAGCUUAUAGACCAGGUUUACCUUUAGUAUUAAAAAAUAUAAAUUUUAAUACUAAACCAAUGGAAAAAAUAGGUAUUUGUGGUAGAACAGGUGCAGGUAAAUCAUCAAUAAUGACUGCUUUAUAUAGAUUAUCAGAAUUAGAAACUGGUAAAAUUGAAAUUGAUGGUAUUAAUAUUUCAAAAUUAGGUUUACAAGAUUUAAGAUCAAAAUUAGCUAUAAUCCCACAAGAUCCUGUAUUAUUUAAAGGAACUAUAAGGAAAAAUUUAGAUCCUUUUAAUGAACAUUCAGAUGAUAAAUUAUGGGAAGCAUUAAGAAGAACAGGAUUAAUUGAAGAAACAAGAUUAGAAGCUGUUAAAAAACAAAUAAAACCAGCAAAAAUUACCACAACCACAACCACCAACAACACCACCACCAAAACCAAAGAUAAUGAGAAAAAACCAACCACAACCACCACAUCUGAUCAAACAGAAACUUCAACAUUACAUAAAUUUCAUUUAGAUCAAUCAGUAGAAGAUGAAGGAUCAAAUUUUUCAUUAGGAGAAAGACAAUUAAUAGCAUUUGCAAGAGCAUUAGUGAGAGAUUCCAAAAUAUUAAUUUUAGAUGAAGCAAGUUCAGCAGUUGAUUUAAAAACAGAUUCAAUGAUUCAACAAACUAUUAUAAAAGAAUUUUCAAAUUGUACAAUAUUAUGUAUUGCUCAUAGAUUGAAAACUAUUAUAAAUUAUGAUAGAAUUUUAGUAUUAGAUAAAGGAGAAAUUAAAGAAUUUGAUAAACCUUGGAAUUUAUUUAAUUCAAAAGGUUCAAUUUUUCAACAAAUGUGUGAAAGAUCUAAUGUUACUGAAGAAGAUUUUGUAAAUGCAACAAAGUUUUAA